CACCAUGUAAAUAAAAUGUUGGAAUGUGUGAAUAUCCGGAAUCGUUACAGUUGCAAAAUGAAACUUCUGGUUGUGGGCUUGUUGGCCCUGGUAGGGCUCUCCGCUGCUAGGAACAUCGACAUUGAAAAUGUAAUUGACCUAGAAGCCAACCCGGUUUUUGGUUAUCAUGAAAAAGUUGGUGCUCCAUUGGCUGAAAAGAUCCGUAAAGCUGAAGAAGAAGCAGCUCUUAACCCAUCCAGAAUUGUGGGAGGUGCUCCAGCCCGACUUGGGCAAUUUCCCUACCAGGCUGGUCUUAUCAUCAUAUUGCCACUCUGGACCAGCGCUUGCGGUGGUUCUUUACUUAAUUCAAGGAAAGUGAUUACUGCUGCGCAUUGUUGGUUCGACGGACAAACUCAGGCCAGAAGUUUCACAGUAGUUCUUGGUUCUAUCACUCUCUACAGUGGUGGUACAAGAUUGUCUUCUUCCAAUGUCGUUAUGCAUCCAAACUGGAGUCCAAGUCUUGUCAGAAAUGACAUCGCUAUAAUCACCUUACCUUCUGCUGUGUCUACUUCAAACAACAUUGGAUUCAUCGCUCUCCCAUCUGGUAACGAGAUCAAUAACCAGUUUGCCGGCUUUACUGGUACUGCAUCUGGCUUCGGUUUUACUAGAGACGGUGGAAGUGUGAGCCCGACUCUGAACUUCGUCGACUUGCCAGUGAUCACAAAUGCUGUAUGCAGUAACAGUUUGUUCUGGUAUGUCCAGCCCUCUAACGUCUGCACUAGCGGUGCUGGCGGUAGAAGCGUAUGCCAUGGUGACUCUGGUGGUCCUCUUGUCGUCACCAGCAAUAACAGACGUAUCUUGAUUGGCGUGACCUCUUUCGGACAUUGGGACGGUUGCCAGAGCGGCCAUCCUGCUGCCUUCGCCAGAGUCACCUCUUUCAUCAGCUGGAUUAACCAAAAUCUUUAAAUAAGUUAUGAAUAAAGGCACUAUUAAUAAAAAAUAAAUGUUAAAAAUAAAAAAUUUUGUCUUCAUUUAGAUUUUUAUUUAGCUAAAUUAAUUCAGAAAACUACUGCUUUUGGUAGAUAGUGUAAGUUCCGAUUGCCUGACAUCCAUGAACACCAACACUUCUGGACCGGUCCUCUUCGGGAAUGUUACGAUGAUGUGAUAAUCUAGAUUCCUGUUCAACGCACUUGUGAUACAUGUGGUGUUGCGUGCUUACAUAGCGAUGUGUGGCUACGGUCUCCGCUUCCCACUAUUUUCGAUACAUUUUCUGCCGCCAGAUAGCGCUUCGUACCUAUGCGCCAGGUAUUUUA